AUGGCCGAAUUACGAUCGCACCGAGAGUCGACGUCAUUCUUCGAAGGCGCUCCGUCGCUGCCCGAAGUUGCCGUUGACCCCGUCAAGACCGUCAAUUCUGCGGCGACCGCUCCGAGUCCUUCACAAUCGAUGUCGAAACCUCAUCGGUGCAGCUUCGCCGACUUGCAAACAAUUGCAUCUCAAAUCGCCAAGGGGAGUCACGGCGGCGACAAGCAUGUAGCUGACUCAUUCGUUUAUGCCUUUGACAUCGACGGUGUGCUCGUACGUGGUGGAAAGCCAAUUCCAGAGGCAAUCGAGGCCAUGAGGGUUCUCGACGGAGACAAUGAGUAUAAUAUCGUUGUCCCUCAUAUCUUCUUGACAAAUGGUGGCGGAAAAACUGAGGAGGAAAGAUGCCGUGAUCUUUCCCGCCAACUCGGGCGGGAGAUCAAGACUGGCCAGUUCAUAUGCGGCCAUACACCUAUGAGAGAGAUGGCGGAGAGGUAUAAAACCGUCCUCGUCGUAGGAGGUGAAGGCGAAAAGUGCAGACACGUCGCCGAAGGCUAUGGCUUUAAAGAUGUCGUUACGCCUGGCGAUAUCAUCAAGCACAAUGAGGCCGUUGCCCCCUUCCGCAAGCUGACAGCCGAAGAAUACGCCAAUUCGCGACGCCGCAGCUUUAGCCGCGACGUUAUUGAUGCAAUAUUCGUCUUCGCUGAUUCCCGUGACUGGGCCAGCGAUAUCCAGAUUAUGGUCGACCUAGCCAUGUCCCAAGGCGGCCGUAUUGGGACUCUUAGUACAACCUUCGACGAAGGCCCACCGAUUUACUUCUCGCAUAACGACGUUGUUUGGUCUGCAGCCCAUGAACAAGUCCGCCUUGGUAUGGGUGCUUUGCGCCGCAUGUUUGAAGUUAUCUUUAGCGACUUGACUGGUGGUAAGGGGAAAGCCCGGAUACACGCCUUCGGCAAGCCCCAGGUUUCGACUUUCGAGUUCGCGUCAAGGCUUAUGAGUGACUGGCGGACAACUGAACAUGGACUUGUGGGCUCACUGAAGACCGUUUACUUCGUCGGUGAUACUCCCGAGAGCGAUAUUCGGGGGACAAACGCGGUCAACGAGGCGAGCGACGACGAUUGGUAUAGCAUUCUUGUCAAAACCGGUGUUUAUCAGGAAGGCAAUACACCAACCUAUGAGCCCCGAGUCACUGUUGAUACGGUCUUGGAUGCUGUCAAGCAUGGCAUAAAGCGCGAGAUGGAGAGAAAUGAGAGCGGUGGGAGAAGAAAGGCCCUUGGACUGUCAGGUCCCUCACUAGAGGACAGCAGUGCGAUCGAUUCGUAA